UAGGCGCCUCUUUCGGUUCGCGCUGGUGCCCGCCACUUCCUCGCGCACUUUUCAGUGCGGUCGUACAGUUAUGGCAGGCACAGUUUGCCUCGUUAUCCUGGAGGAUGGCCAAAGAAAGAAGAUUUCGCUGCCAAACGGCGCCUACGCCGAAUUGCUGUUUGCUUUACGCUCUCUGACCGACAUCAAUGACACCACUCUGGUCCAGAUGUACGACGAGGAGCUUGAAGAUUACGUUGACUUGGAUAUGCACAGCAACAUCCAAAACAAGGCCAAAAUAAGAUUGGCACGGAGGAUAGCCCCUGAAAUGAAUCGUGCAGGCCCUGCGUUUGCUGUUCGAGGUGGAAGCAACACGGAAAUGACUCAGUCUAGUGCUGUUACAGAAUGUGCAGAGGAGGUGCAGCAUGUACAGUCUGUGCCGUUGGAGAAGGAGAAGGACUACUUAGAUUUUGUACUACCCUCUUUUGACCAUUACGAGGAAGUGCUUCGUAGAAAGGUCCCAAUUAAUUGUGCAGUGCGACGUGCCAUUAUAAACAAACUGUUUGCAGCUUGCUUCAAGAUAGCUUGGUACCCUUCUAGACAGUUGUACCGCGUAGCUGCUGAGAGGCUUGUCAGUGCAUACCCACACCUUGCUGACAGAGUUGGCAGCGGAAAUGGCCUGGACUCGUGGGUCAUGGCAUUAAGAAACAAAUUCAAGAACAUGCGUAAGAAGGCAGAGAAUUGCUCCGAAGAAAUGUUGGCAAAAAAAAGGCACUUCCUGGUCAAGCGGAAACAGCAGGUGGCUUCUGGUGAAGCUACAAACAAGAAGUUAUGCCGCCUUUUUGAUUGCAGUCAUCUUGUAGCAUAUGGGGAAACUGCCGAGUCAUUGAGGCUGCACAAUGAAUGGCUACAAGACAAUGCUGGCUGCCAAGAUGAAGAGGCAGUAAGGCCGAGGCUGCUUGCAACAGCAAGAGAGAGGCAUGAUCAACUUCGCAGCCUUACGCUGUCAGAUGCUCUGUUGCUGUUCCCCUUUCUGGCAACUGAGGCAUCGCUUUAG